ACCGGCUCGAGAGCGCAGCAAUGGCUGCAGGGGUCCCCUGUGCUCUGGUCACCAGCUGCUCCUCUAUCUUCACCGGGGACCGUCUGGUCCAACAUAUCCUUGGAACAGAGGAUCUUAUUGCAGAAGCACCUUCCAAUGAUGCGGUGAGAUUUUAUCCCUGGACCAUUGAUAAUAAAUACUAUUCAGCGGACAUCAAUCUAUGCGUGGUGCCAAACAAAUUUCUCGUCACUGCAGAGAUUGCAGAGUCUGUCCAAGCAUUUGUGGUUUACUUUGAUAGCACACAAAAAUCUGGUCUUGAUAGUGUCUCCUCAUGGCUGCCACUUGCAGAAGCAUGGUUACCUGAGGUGAUGAUCUUAGUCUGUGACAGAGUGUCUGAAAAUGGUGUAAAUCGACAAAAAGCUCAAGAAUGGUGCAUCAAACAUGGCUUUGAAUUGGUAGAACUUAGUCCUGAGGAGUUGCCUGAGGAGGAUGAUGACUUCCCAGAAUCUACAGGAGUAAAGCGAAUUAUUCAAGCCUUGAAUGCAAAUGUCUGGUCCAAUGUUGUGAUGAAGAAUGAUAGGAACCAAGGCUUUAGCCUUCUCAGCUCAUUGGCUGGAGCAAACCAUACCAUUGGGUCAGCAGAGAACUGUCUCUCAGAGCAGCCCCAUUUGCCAGCAGGAGAUAGAACUGAAUCCCUCUUGGAUCAUCGAAGUGGUGCACCUAACACAGCAGAAGCCCAGGUUGAUAGCAUCGGGGAUCCCAUGUUAGAUCUGGAUAUUCAAGAAUUAGCCAGUCUUACUACUGGAAGAGGAGAUUUGGAGAAUUUUGAAAGACUGUUUUCAAAAUUAAAAGAAAUGAAAGACAAGGCUGCGACGCUUCCUCACGAGCAAAGAAAGGUGCAUGCAGAAAAGGUGGCCAAAGCAUUUUGGAUGGCAAUUGGGGGAGACAGAGAUGAAAUUGAAGGCCUUUCAUCUGAUGAAGACAACUAA